AUGCGAUUACUGGUCGGCUUGCUGGUAAUGAUAACGAUGGGCGCGAUGUGUGAGCUAAGCCAGAUGAUGUGCCUAGCCGGCGGGGGUAUGUCAAUGGUUGCUGGAGCCAUCACUGUAUUUAUUGCAUUUUUCGGCUACGUCUGGAUGGGCAUACAUUCCAAUGCUUUGACCAGAGCUCGAAAAGCUUAUUUCGAUGAAGCAAAUGUACUAGAAACAUAUCAGCCUCGAGCACGCACCAUGGGUCAUUUGUUCUGUGUAAGCGCCUUAUUCGCAAAUUCUACAAGUGUCCCAGAAAUGAAAAUUAGAGAAAGAAACUCUGACGGGAAAAAAGGAAGGAAAAAGAAAGAAUUAAACAAGAAAAAUUAUUUUUUAUGA